UCGAGCUGCCCAGAUAAACUCUUCUAUGGUAUGCAUCCUCCUGCUACCACUGCGUGGGCUGGACUGGAGGUCUCCCCCUGAGCAAGUGGCAAAGCUGCAGGCUCUUCCUCAAAAAGGUGGCUCCAGGGUCUCCUCCACAUCCUCACCUACCUGCUACCAUCCAGCCCUUGACUACUUCUCAGCAUCAAGAAAAGUGCAGGUCCCUGCAGUCUGACAGGAAGAUGCCAGGGGCAUUGAACAUCUCUUCUGACAGCCCAGAGCUACGAGCAGCAGGGAUUAUUGUGCCCAUCAUCUUCUCCCUCAUCUUCCUUGUGGGUACUGUGGGAAAUGGGCUAGUGCUGGCUGUGCUGCUGUGGAAUGGCCAAGUCAAGUACUCCACCACCAACCUCUUCAUCCUCAACCUGGCUGUGGCUGACCUGUUCUUCAUCAUCUGCUGUGUCCCUUUCCAGGCCACCAUUUACACCCUGGAUGGGUGGCUCUUUGGGGCCUUUGCCUGCAAGGCUGUGCAUUUCCUGAUCUACCUCACCAUGUAUGCCAGCAGCUUUACCCUGGCUGCUGUCUCUGUUGAUAGGUACUUGGCCAUUCGCUAUCCACUGAAGUCCCGGGAUCUCCGCACGUCCCGAAAUGCGGGAGUGGCCAUUGUGGUAAUCUGGUCACUGUCGCUGCUCUUCGCAGGGCCUUACCUCAGUUACUACCAGAUAAUCCAUUACCACGGUGUGCCCAUCUGUGUCCCCGUCUGGGAGGACCAGCGCCGAAAGGUUCUGGACAUCCUCACGUUUGUAUUUGGAUACCUGCUGCCUGUGACCGUGGUGAGCCUGGCAUACACUAGGACCAUCAAGUUCUUGUGGACUUCUGUAGACCCCAUAGAAAGAAUCUCAGAGUCUCGGAAAGCCAAGAGUAAGGUCACCAAGAUGAUUGUCACAGUGGCCAUCCUGUUCUGCCUCUGCUGGCUGCCCCACCACCUGGUCAUCCUCUGCUUCUGGUUUGGCCACUUUCCCUUCAAUCGGGCCACUUACGCUUUCCGCCUGGCUUCCCACUGCCUUUCCUACACCAACUCCUGCCUCAACCCCAUUGUCUAUGCCCUCAUCUCCAAGCAUUUCCGCAAGCGUUUCAAGCAGGCCUUCACCUGCCUCUUCUUCCAGAACAAGAUCAGGAAAAAGAAGAAGAGAGUUGGAAGGAAAGCUCGUAUGGUCAGUGUGGGAAGAGGUUUUGCCAACAGGGCAGGAGCUUUCUAUGGAGGCAACACUGAGGUGACCCAAGUCCCAGAGAACAGCAGGAAGAGGGACCAUGAAGAUGCCAGUCGUGCCAGAGCAAGGACUCGGCAGGUACAAGAUGCCAUAGUCUCUGUUCAGAAGGAAGUACUGGAGGAGGAAAUUUUGGCAACAGCUGGCCAUUCCCUCGAUGUGACCCCUCUAAGAGGAACUGCUGGACAAGACAAAGAAGAAGCCUUAGAAAAGGGCUAGACGGGAAAGUCUCCAUUUGCAUCACAUUUUCUGACCACAUCAGAGUGGUUUUGCUUUCCUCCAGGAUCAUCAUGCCCACGCCUUAUCCCCACUGAGAUGGUUUUAUGUUGGCAGUGAGAGAUGAGCUCAUUCAGACCCAUUAAACUGAGUUCAAGUCCCCCAGAACUCCUCAAACGCCUCCUCUAUGAUCCUGUAGCCAUGUCUGAGACCUGCCAUUAUCCCAUCUCAACAUUCACAGUAAACUUUAAGUGGCUACAACAGCUCUCCUUUUCUCUGAUUAAGAAUGGCGUUUUAUUAGUGCUGUGUGGAUCCUUAAAAUAUAACUCUUAACAUGUGGCAGAUCUGCACCUAUAAUUCUUUAAGAGAAGGUGAAAGAUGGGAAGCUCAGGAAAAAGUGUUUAGGGAAAGCUGUGACAUUGUGGGACACCCAGACUUCCACACUGAAGCUGGGAAACAAUUACAGGUUGUCAUGGCACUUGUAGGUAUCCUGAGCCCUGCAUGGACUACAAAAUCCUCUGAUGUCCUCACUUGUAUGUAUGUAUGUAUGGUGCUGGAAAUUGUGUCAAAAAUAAAGGGGUUUUGGCCCCAGCCAGUGCUGUAGGCAUUGUCCUGGGUGACAUCAGGCAGCUUGCAGAGCUGUGAUGUGCAUGAGCAGAGCCACGAUCUCCUCCUUAUUUAUCUUCUUUUUCUGUUCCCUACUUCUGUUUGCGUAAAUCUUUCCUUUUUGUUUUGUCCUGCCCACUCUCAAUUCCCAGGUGACAUGGUAUUUCUAACGCUCCCUGAAGCUGUUGUAUGCCUUGCUG